AAUACAUGCACGAGUUCAUUUGAAACUACACCCUAAACUAAAUCUUCUUUUACUGUCCUAGGUUUUACUUGCCUUGCUCCUCUGUGUACCAUGACUUCUCCUGUCGAAUUCAAAACCCAGAAUUAUUUGGUUUUGAAACCAAACAAGGCUGGUCCGAUCAAGCUCGUACAAUUCUUGUGGGCUGGCUACAUAGUGGAGGGAGAAGAUGCUAUGAUAUUGUGCCCAACGGGAGAGGAGGAAAAUCUCAAACGUAAAUGGCUUAUAUCUUUCAUCCUCCUGCUUCAAAUGAUUCUGUUAUGGAUUGCCAAACCCAUGAGAAAUUUUGGUUUAGUUUUUGAGUGGUUCCUCAACCUUCCUUCUAGUAAGCGAAACUGGCUUGAGCUCUCUCUUGAUCUUUUAACAGGUGACAUAAAGAAAGAGAAAGACUCAGCGAGUUUCAUUUCCACUGUUGGACAUACAGACAAGAGAGUGAAGUUGGAUAGUAGCAUCAGCCGGUUAGAUGUCAGAUAUAGAAGAGCACUCUCUGCAAUGGCUGCUAAAAUAGCAUAUGAGAACCAAGCCUUCAUUGAAACUACUGUAAAAAAUCAUUGGAAGAUGAAACUAAUCAAGUUCUUUGACUUUUAUAAUUAUUAUCAAGGAAGACAUACUACUCAAGCCUUCAUGCUCCAUGACCCUGUUGAUCAAUUGAUCGUUGUGGCAUUCAGAGGUACCGAGUUCUUUGAUGCAGAUGCAUGGAGUACUGACCUCGAUAUUUCCUGGUACGACUACAGGUGCAUUGGGAAAGUUCAUGGUGGGUUUAUGAAAGCCCUAGGCUUAACCCCCGAAGGUUUUCCUGACAAAGAACCAGAACUAGAUGCUCCGUACCCUUUAGCUUACUACACUCUCAGGAAUCAAUUGCGAGAUCUCGUGAAAGACACCAAUAACAUGAAAUUCAUAGUGACCGGCCAUAGCUUGGGUGGUGCACUGGCAAUUUUGUUUGCAGCAAUUUUGGCAUUGCAUAAGGAAGAUUUGUUGUUGGAAAGAUUGCAAGGGGUUUAUACGUUCGGGCAGCCACGAGUUGGGGAUAAGGACUUUCAAGGAUUCAUGGAGAAACAAAUGAAAAAUCAUAAGAUCAAGUAUCAGAGGAUCGUUUAUAGUAACGACUAACGAUUUGGUUCCUAGGAUACCCUUUGAUAGUUCUACAUUUUUGUUCAAGCAUUUUGUGACAUGCCUCUACUAUAACAGCCUGUAUAAAGAAAAGAUGCUUACAGAAGAGCCAAACAAGAAUUACUUUGCUCCAAAGGAGGCAAUAUUCAAGUACCCAGUUGCUGCUUGGGAGCUCAUAAGAAGCUUCAUAAUUCCAAACGUAGAAGGAUGGGAGUAGAAAGAAACUUGGUUACUCAAGGGGAUUAGGGUAUUUGGACUCAUAAUACCAGGUUUUGCAGCUCAUAAUCCCCUUGAUUAUGUUAAUGCUACCCGACUGGCUGAGUCAACUGUGAAAUAGCUUCCAAAAUUAAUUGAAACAUAGUAUGUAUGAUUUCCACAAAUGAGUAUAU